GUUGAUGAUCGUGGUUCAUAGCUUGUACUACUUCGAACAUAUGCCCCGGCUAACACAGUAGAGUAAGCAAAAUACGCCGACUUUUCGGUCUCUUCGGUUAUCCGAGUCCAGAUGGGGCUCCAUGGCAUCUAUUAUUACAGUAGCUAGACUGCUUUCAUAGAAUCAAUCGUCGUUUGCUUCUUGCUAUCCUUUGCUUCCAGUCAGUAGAUACCUCAUCAGUUACAAUGUCGAGAACCGCCAGUACCCUGCUUUGCCGCGCUGCGCCAGCGCUUCGUCUCGCCGCAUUGCAACCAGCUCGUUCAUCAUGCCUGCGCCGAGGAUAUGCCCAAGAAACGCCGUUUCCGAAGCCACAGAAACUGAAGGGCGUCCUCAAGCCUUUGAAGCAGUUCUUGGUUACGCCUACAGUGGGCACCGAGUUCCCAGAGGCGAAUCUCGUUCAGAUGCUCAACGCACCCAACUCGGAUGAGCUACUCAGAGACCUCGCCAUUACGAUCGCACGACGCGGAGUCGUCUUUUUCCGCAACCAGAACGACAUGACCAACGACCUCCAAAAGCAACUGAUCCAACGUAUGGGCGAGCUGGUGGGAAAGCCAAAGGAGUCGACCCUCCACAUUCACCCCGUGCUCAACCCCAACACCCCAAUGGGUGGCAACGACCUGCACAUCAGCACCAUCAACUCCCGUCAGAGAAUCAUGGCCCACGGCAAGGCCGUACCUCGUGACCUAGGAAACGUAAGACAAGCGCUCGAGUCGUGGCACAGCGAUAUCCAGUCCGAACAGGUGCCUUCCGACUACACAUGCCUGAGACUUGUGGAGCUGCCCACCUGUGGAGGAGACACGUUGUGGGCGUCCGGCUAUGAGGUUUAUGACCGCAUUAGCGAGCCUAUGCGCAAGAUGCUUGAAGGCAAAACUGCCAACUACACCGCGCCAUUCUUCGAAAGGAUCAUCAAGAAUUCGAAGCUCCAGGUUUACACAGAGGCUCGUGGUCACCCUGAGAAUACUGGCAACCCUCUGAAGGCCGUACACCCGGUCAUCCGCACAAACCCCGUCACCGGAUGGAAGAGUGUCUUCUCCAUUGGUGCAUACCCCGAAUCCAUCAACGGCCUGACUCAGCCAGAGAGCGACAUGAUCUUGAACUGGCUGAUGGAUAUGGUACUCCGCAACCACGAUCUUCAGUGCCGCUUCAGGUGGCAAGGUCCAAACGAUAUGGCUAUCUGGGACAACCGCAGCAUGGUACACAACGCUACCAUGGACUACGACGACCAUGGCAACCGCUUCGGAUACCGCGUGUGCGGUAUUGGAGAGAAGCCAUACUUUGACCCCAACAGCAAGUCGAUGCGUGAGGCGUUGGCGGAGGAAGCGAAGGAGGAGUCUUCAUGAGUGAAUGUUGUUUUGGGUAGCGUUUCGGGCGGGAAAGGCGUUUUGCUUUGUUUGUGUAUGGAGGAAAAGCCGUGUGGUUCUGUCCUUGUAUGGAUUAAUUUGAUCUCUUUUCGUUUUUGGCCACAACAUGACUUCUACUUCGUGCGGACCGAAGUGCCUCGUUGGUGCCAUCGAAUGUGCCUUGUCAUAUUGACUAUCGCUAGGCCGUUAGCCGAUGGAUCGGAUGUAGAUGUUGAUGACGUCUUCGCUGCUCAGUCUG